AUGGCACCACCACCCCAAGACAACAACAACAACAACAACAACAACAACAACAACAACAACAACAACAACAACAACAGCGAAGAAGCUCUCAUCCACAAAGCCCUAGAACAAGCCAAAUCCCUCGCCUCCCACAGCUGGGAAUACGGCACUGUGGCCGAGGCCCUGCUGGAGCUAUACAAUCCUGACAUGACGGUUUUUGGGAAGAGUCCUUUCUCUGGAUGUAGCUAUGAUAAUAAGGGUGAUGGUGAUGGUGAUGGUGCUGAGAUCGAAGCGCUGGCGUAUGCCAAGAGAUAUAUUCGGACGGAGGGGGGUAGGCUUGUUGAUGGGGAGGGCUCAUCCGGCGACCCCGCCUCUCUAGGCGUAACAGCUCUCUUUCUAGGCCAGCAGCAGCAAGAGCAGUCAUAUAUGGAUGCAGCACAUCGUCAGGCGCAAACCCUCUUGUAUCAUACACCGCGCUUCGCCAACGGCGCUAUCAGCCAUCGCGAGAGCGUGGCCGAGCUCUGGAGCGAUUCGGUCUACAUGGUGCCGCCCUUCUUGGCGUAUUACGGCCGGAUGUGCGACAAGCCUGAGAUUGUGGAAGAAGCGGUCCGUCAGUGUAAGCUGUAUCGCGAUGUCCUUGCUGACCCGCAGACGGGUUUGUGGAGACAUGUUGUUGGGCCGGAACAUGAAGAUCUGGGUUUCUGGAGUACGGGGAUCGGUUGGGCUGUUAUGGGCAUGACUCGGGUGCUGGCUACGGUGAUGGCGCAGGACGAUGACGAUCACUCCAUCGAGCAGCAGCAACAGCAGCAACAACAGCAGCAGCAGCAGGAACUGACAGACUCCAUCAAAUCGCUCCUCGACGGUGUAAUCCUUACCGGACGAGGGACAAACGGCCUAGUCAGGAACUAUAUGACAGACCAGUCUUCACCCUUCAACUUCGAAGAAAACGCCGGAACAGCAGCCCUCGCAUCAGCAAUCUUCCGCCUUGCUGUUCUCUGUCCAGACAUCUUCGGCUCUGAUUCAAAAUAUAUCAACUGGGCCCUCUCGGCGCGCGAGGCUGUACUCCGCCAUAUCGAUCCCGACACGGGCAUCGUCUUCCCUGUCGUGAACCCGAUGGAUCCGAAAGAUCCGAGACCGGCGAGGGCGUCGGCUGAGGCGCAGUGUUUUGUUGUGUUGAUGCAUGCUGCGUAUCGGGAUUGGGUGGCUCAUACGCAGAGGAGGAAGGUGUCUUAG